AUGGAUAUCCGCCUCCUCAAGUCCUCCGACCUCCCCCUCAUACAACACGCCAACCUCGAGAACCUGCCCGAGAACUACUUCCUCAAGUACUACCUCUACCAUGCCCUCUCGUGGCCCCAGCUCAGCUAUGUCGCCGUCGACGUCUCCCGCCCCAAGCGCACACCCUACGACUACCCCAAGAUCGUCGGUUACGUGCUCGCCAAGAUGGAGGAGGAGCCCACCGACGGCGUGCCUCAUGGCCACAUCACCAGUCUCAGCGUCAUGCGCACCCACCGCCGCCUGGGUAUCGCCGAGAAGCUGAUGCGUCAAAGUCAACUGGCUAUGGUCGAGACCUUUGGCGCCCAGUACGUCUCCCUCCACGUCCGUGUCUCCAACAAGGCCGCCAUCCACCUGUACCGCGACACCCUCGGCUUCAAGACCGAAAAGACGGAGAAGUCGUACUACGCCGACGGCGAGGACGCCUACUGCAUGAAGCUCGACCUCGGCUACAUCCGCGAGCAGAUUCAGGACGAGCGCGAUCGCGAGGCGGAGGAAGGCGGUGCCGCCGAGGCCGCUGACGAGGGCGAUGCCGUUGGCGACGUCGGCCGCGACCCCAACGCCGACAAGAAGCGCAAGGUCAAGGUCGGCCGCGGCCUCGGUGUCGGAGAGCUGGUGGAGAAGAACGAGUCCGCCAAGAACUAG